UCAACUCUAUUUCAUUCAGUGACACCAUCAUGGGAUGCUCAAGGCUGUUGAUCUUGGGUUUUGUCCUAAAUGUUGCUCACUGCUUGGAAACUCUGGAUGCAGGUGAAGAGGCAGAGGUUGAGACAGUACGCAGCAUCACAGCGCUCCUGGGAGAUGAAGUGUAUCUGAGCUGUAUAUAUCUGGGUGAGAAUGAAAUCUCGGGUGCCCACUGGAAACGCCAGAGCAAUUCUAAAAAGAAGAUGAUGAGACUGGCGGGAUUUAACGGGGACCGGCCGUACAGCUUUGACCCCAACUUCUCCGAGCCAGCUUCUCGUACCAACCUCACAUGUAAGGUGAACAUAUCCAGCGUGGAGGCGGAGGGAGAAUACACCUGUGUGUUCGAUUCAGAUGAGUACGAGAUCAUUGGCAAGACGACUGUCACUGUAGUAGCUCAACCUGAUAUUGAAACCCUGGUGAACGAAGAGACUUUCAAUGGCACCCAAUACCAAUCUGUUUCCUGCUCUGCUGCCAACGGAAGACCCAUGCCUCAGAUCAGCUGGUUGGUCAACGGGCUUCCCCCCUCUGUUUAUCCCUUUACGGUCGAGAUGAGCGACACCGUUCACCCAAAUGGCACUGCCACCAUGAGGAGCGUCCUCCGCUUCCCAACCCACCUGCAGGACGAGGAGAGUGUCACCUGUGUGGUGCAACACCCGACCCUACCUGACCCCCAACUCACAACAGUGAGGGUGGCAACUUAUGUUGCUCCAAAUGUGACCAUCAAAGCAGAGCUGGUACAACAGGAGGAAGGGGAGUUCUGGGUGGUCUCUUGCAUGGCAUCUGGUGGGAGACCUGAGACUGACAUUUCCUUGGUUCUGGCCACUGGAGAAGAGCUGCAGCAGGAAAAUGACACAGACUCAGACAUACAAACAAGCUCAUACCACCUCCCUGCACAGGUGUAUGAGGGGCAAAACGUCACCUGUGUUUUUGAUCACCCCAAAUUUACACACAAGGAGUCACGAGUGAUUACACUGCCUUCCUUCUAUUUGUCCAGAGUUCAGCUCUUUCAUUCUGGGACUGGACACAGACGCGAUGAGAUCAGUGACAUUGAGUCUUUGGAGCUGCAGGAAGGACAGAGUGAUACCAUUAUUAACCUGGAAGCCGCUGGGAAUGUGCCACGGUAUUCUGUUUCUUGCAACAAAGAUGGCGAGCGACUGCCUGAGGGUGUGGAGGUGGUGGGUAGUUCCCUCAGGGUUCAGGCUCCUUUGGAGUUUUACCAUGGUGGCCUGUAUGAAUGUGUCCUCUCCUAUCACACACACAGUGCGAUGAUUCAAUUCAACAUCACAGUUAAGCCUAAAGAUAUAGAGCCUGUUCCUCCCAUGAUAAGAGUUGAUUUGCAGAGCGGAGCUGCACGCAGGGUCAUCGAGUGCUUAGCAGCUGAUGCUGUUCCUGCAGCCAACAUGUCCUGGCUUCUACCGGAGGGUGUGUCUGGUGUCUCCUCAUUCAAUUUCACUUCUCAUAAUGGAAGCCACUCUGUCAGAGGAGUUUUACUCCUCCCUGCCUGCUCGCCUUGGGAACUCACUGUAGAAUGUGUGAUAAAUCACCCUGCUUGGGAGAAGCCGGAGAACAGAAGCAUAACCCUCCCCGUUUGCGCUCGCCCCAACAUCACUGUAAGCUCCAGGGUUGAGUGGAGAGGAGGUGAAAGGCACUCAGUGGCAGAGUGUCGUGUGAACAGUGUUGCACCUGCAGCAACCAUAACCUGGCAUGUUGCAAACACUGACGGUGACAAUACCACCAGUCAUUUGCAGCCAACUGGAAGGAUGUCUGUGGUGCAGGCCAGUGGCUUGGUGACGGCUCACAGCACGGUGCAGUUCCGCUCUUCUUUAUAUUCUGGUCAGAAGUUGACCUGUGUAGUGGAGCAUCUGAGCCUGGAGGAGCCAGAGAAAAGGGAGAUCUACAUUCCUGUGUACAAAGCUGCAGUGCUGAAUGUGUCUGUAGUGAGACAGCAGGACUCUCCUCUCUGGCUGGCAGUGUGUGAGUACAGAGGGGAGGGUGUCACGGCUAACCUUGCCUGGAUCCUUCCUGAAAAUACCACAGGCCAAAGCACACAGUUCUCCGAGUAUGAAGGGCACACGGUGAAAACCAGGCUAACAUAUCAGUUUCCACUGGCCCGUCACGAGGGGCAGGCCCUGACCUGUGUGAAUCGGAAUCAACAAGGAAAAACGGAGAACAGGACGGUGGAUGUCCCCAUAUACUAUAUUUCCUUUACGAGAGCCGGAGGCCAUGCAGCUCCUCUCCAAAGUUACCGUCAUGGCAAACACCUCAUACACAAACUGGCUCUCAAGGAGAAUCUUCCCCACCAGAAGUUGUUACUCCAUGUCUAUGGAAACGCGCCAGUGUACAACAUCACUUGUCAAAGGAGUGACGGCUCACUUGUCCCGAUGGAGGGCACCGCAAUGCUCUUCCACUCGAAGGUCACAAAGCGUGACGAGGGCAUAUACAAGUGCCAUGUCUCCUUCUGUCAUCACAAGGCUGCAGCCUACUUUCAAGUGGAAGUUGCCAGUUACGAGGAACAAAUCUGUACACUGGUGAUCAUCUGCAUCUCUUCAGCCUCAGCCAUCUUCCUCAUCCUCCUCGUCAUUCUCUGGGCGUUCUGGGGAAAAUGUGAUCAUGGGCAAACGAAGAAUGCGGAGUCCUCUUCAGCCUUGACAUCUCUGAUGCAGGACCCCUGCUCUCCUGAGCUGAAAAAGGCACCGGUGUCAGGAGGAGACAAACAGGAAUAUGCCCACCUGGUCAGUUACUCCAUCGUACUUGAUGUCAAGAGUACUGUCUGAAAAAUGAAGUAAAACAAAAUAAAAAAACCUGCACAGUGGGUAGCAAAUCCACCUUUUAUGUACAUUGAUCAAAGAUUAUAAUUGAAAGCUUGGUAGCUCUUAGAAAACCGCUUUCUUCAGCAUGUCAGCUUCUUUUUCGAGACUCGCACAGACAGGGCAGUGAAACUCAGUGAUGAGAGAUAAGAAUUCCUGUUUAUCUAGUUAAGCAUCUAUUCUUGUUUUUUUUUUGUUGUUGUUGUUUUUGUUUUUGUUUUUUGCUUAGUUAUAGAAUGGCAUUAAUGAUAAAUACACGUUGUUGCACUUUUUCAUUUUACUUGAAUUUUACAUCCGUUGUGUAAUUAUGUGCAUCCUGUUUCCAGGUAACAUUU